CCGGUAUUUUCUCUUACUUGUUUGAAAAUGUAAUUCACCUUUUUCUUUAUCUCUUCCUACGCUCCAACUUCCCCUCUCAAUUUCUUUUCUCUUUUAUGCGGACAAAUUUAGUUGAGAUCUGUUUUUGACAUCAGUUAUCUGAUUCUAAGGGGUUAAUCGAUCGUAUCAACAAAUAAUCUGCCACACCCGUGUUCUAUUUCAAGAAAUUUCUGAUCGAUUAUCGUCGAUAAGCAGGAACUCGGUGUAGGUGUGGCUGAAGAUUCUUGAGGGGAGGUUCCAAUUUUCAGCCAUUUCCAAAAAAAUUUAUUCCCUUAUUAUGAUUUAAGAAAUAGAAAUGGAUAUGAGCGAAGGGUACAAGUCGAGUGAGCAUAAGGAACAACUUCACACUGCUUCAGAAAGUGGGGAUCCUUCAUUGAGGAUUUCCACAUCUCCAAAAUCACCAAGAUCCCCAAAGAUUCGUCAUGGAAAAGAUAGCCCAACCAAAGGGAGCGCGGUCAAAGGAAUUAGCCCGAGGAAAAACGACCGCCAUUCGCAUUCCGGAACUGAUGGCCGUCCCAAGAAAGGUGGUUGUGGCGGGAAGGGAACAUGGGGAGGAAUACUCGAUAUGGAUGAUAAUCACUUUGUUGAUAGUAACGACCCAAACUAUAGUAGUAGUGAGGAGAAGGAUAAAACAGGUAUUAAAAAAGUGUGUCCGAGAUUUGAGGGGUACAAGAAAAAGGCUGCAAUCAUAGUGGAAGAAUAUUUUGCCACUGACGAUGUGAUCUCAACUGCAAACGAAUUAAAAGACCUUGAAAUGCCAAGUUACAGCUACUAUUUUGUAAAGAAACUCAUUUCCAUGGCUAUGGAUCGACACGAUAAAGAAAAAGAAAUGGCGGCUGUUCUUUUAUCCUCUCUCUAUGCUGACGUCAUCGAUCCGCGUCAAGUCUACAAAGGUUUCCGGAAGCUUGUAGAAUCUGCAGACGAUCUGAUCGUUGAUAUUCCAGACACGGUCGAUGUUCUCGCGUUGUUUGUAGCUCGGGCAGUCGUAGACGACAUACUCCCGCCCGCAUUCUUGAAAAAGGAAAUGGAGGCUUUGCCGGGCGGGUCCAAGGGCAUAGACAUAAUUAAACGAGCCGACAAAGGGUAUUUGUCGGCCCCACUUCACGCGGAAAUUAUCGAGCGGCGGUGGGGUGGCAGUCGGAAUAAAACCGUGGAGGAUGUGAAAGCGAAAAUCGAUAAUUUGUUGGUUGAGUACGCGGUGAGUGGGGACAAAAAAGAAGCAAUCCGAUGUAUUAACGAUUUGAAAGUCCCCUUUUUUCAUCAUGAGAUUGUGAAACGCGUGAUUAUUAUGGCGAUGGAACGGAAAAAAGCUGAGGGGAAGCUUCUAGAUUUGUUGAAAACCGCUUCGGAAGAAUGUUUGAUAAAUUCGAGCCAAAUUUCAAAAGGUUUCACACGAAUUAUUGACACGGUUGAUGAUUUGUCGCUUGAUAUACCGAACGCGAAGGAACUUUUACAGUCGUUGAUCUCGAAGGCGGCUUCUGAAGGGUGGUUGUGCGCGUCGUCAUUAAAAGCGGUCUCGUUUCACCCCGAAAAGAAAUUGGUGGAAGACAGUAUUGUGAAAGCGUUUAAAGCGAAAGCACAAUCGAUAAUUAAAGAGUAUUUUUUGACGGGGGAUGUGUUGGAGGUAAAUAGUUGUUUGGAAUCGGAAAACCUUUCUUCGAUUCCGGAGUUGAAAGCGGUUUUCGUGAAGCGGUUGAUUAUGUUGGCGAUGGACCGGAAGAAACGGGAAAAGGAAAUGGCGUCGGUUUUGUUGUCUUCUUUAUAUUUUCCGGCGGAUGACGUGGUGAACGGAUUCACGAUGUUGAUUGACUCCGCAGACGAUAUCGCCCUUGACAUUCCGGUGGUGGUGGAGGAUCUCGCCAUGUUUUUGGCCCGCGCGGUGGUGGAUGAUGUUUUAGCGCCGCUACAUUUGGAGGAGAUCGGCGGCGAUUCGUUACGGCCGGAUUCCGUCGGAAACAAGGUGUUGAAAAUGGCGCGGUCUCUUCUGAACGCGCGGCUUUCCGGGGAGCGGAUCUUGCGGUGUUGGGGAGGUGGCGGGAGUUACACGAACGGGUGGGCGAUUGAGGAUGUGAAGGAUCAGAUCGGGAAGCUUUUGGAGGAGUUUGAAUCGGGUGGGGAUAAACGGGAAGCAUGUCGGUGUAUAUCGGAAUUGGGGAUGCCAUUCUAUCAUCAUGAGGUUGUGAAGAAGUCGUUGGUGACGAUUAUUGAGAAGAAGAAUGAUCGGCUUUGGAAGUUGCUCGAGGAGUGUUUUAACAGCGGAUUGAUAACUCCGAUUCAGAUGACCAAAGGAUUUGGGAGAGUGGCGGAAUCGCUUGAUGAUUUGAGUUUGGAUGUGCCCGAUGCUAAGAAGCAAUUUGGGUCGCUUGUUGAAAGGGCUAAAGUGGAAGGCUGGUUGGAUUCAUCGUUUAGUUUCAACAACAAAGUUUUGGAGAAUGGGCAUCGUUCUUGAAUCCGAGCGAUGAUGAUUGAAUCGUUUGUAGUAUUAGUUGAGAACAGAAAGUUUUGGAAAAACCGGGAAUAAAGGAUUCCAAAUGUUAUGUAGGUAACUGUAUGAGCAAGGUGAAUUUGAUAUGAAACAAACACAUUUCUUUAAC